GCGAUGUACGUGAUGCUAGCUAAUUAGCCUUUCGCGGUGUUGGCUGGUUAAUAUCCGCUACACUAGCAACUGUUUAGCUAGUUAAAAUAAGUAAAGCUAGCGCUCUGGGUUACGCAGUCGUCUGUAUUUACGCUUGUAUAUUUCCCGACGGGAGAUUUAUUUAUUUAUUUUAAUUUUAUCGCGCCGGUGUGCUAGCACCAUUCUGGAGUGUGCCGAGUUUGGCCGGUUUCUAAUGCUAGCUAGUCACUUCCUGUUUAUUUCGAACUUUUCAGAAAACAGAUUAUAGACAGUUUAUAAUUCUGCAUACAAUGACAAACCAUAAAUCUCUAGAAAAACUCUGGGAUGAAGUGAACCGAAGUGGAUAUGAAGCCUACAGUGAUUUAACAACACAGAACUAUAAAGCUUUAAAAGGAGGAGCCUAAAAUCUUUCGGCAAACAUUACACCAAAAUAAUCCAAUGGAACAGUCCAAAUCCACAGCAUGGCGUUGGUGCCCUAUGAUGAAAACGUCCUUCCCUCUCUAUCCAAACUCCACUCGUCUUCGGCUGAGUUCCGGUUCGCAGAGCGCCGCAUCCGAUUGGCUCAGGACUGGAGAGGAGGGGGCGUGGCCGCGGUCGUGUGGGACGCGGCGGUGGUGAUGUGUGUGUACCUGGAGCUCGGCCGUGUGGACCUGAAGAACAGAACCGCCAUCGAGCUCGGUGCAGGGACGGGUCUGGUGGGCAUCGUUGCUGCGCUGCUCGGAGCUGAUGUAACGAUCACCGACCGGAGCUCAGCCCUGGAGAUCUUGGAGGCUAACGUGAAGGAGAACGUUCCUCCACAGCUGCAGGGGGCAGUGCGAGUUUCCGAGCUGACGUGGGGAGAAGGAUUAGCGCGCUAUGGUCCCGGCGGCUACGACCUCAUCCUGGGGGCGGACAUCGUCUACCUGGAGGAGACGUUCUCCGAUCUGCUGCGCACCCUGGAACACUUGAGCUCGGAGAACACGGAGGUCCUUCUGGCGUGUCGAAUCCGUUACGAGCGCGACCAGCGCUUCCUGAGCAUGCUGGGAAACCGGUUUUCGGUGCAGGAGGUUUACUACGAUUCACAGAGGGACGUUCACAUCUACAGAGCGGUGAAAACUGACACGAAGGCCGAGCUCUGAGGACCGGACCGGACGUCCUGAUAAACGUCUACGGUUUCAUCAUGGCGCAUGUCGAUAUAAUGAUAUUGAAUGUUAUAAAAAGAUGUUCUUUACUCA